AUGGGCGCGCACGUCGGGGCGCUGCUGCUGGCGCUGGCGGCGCUGCUGGUGCGAGCGGAGCUCGGGAGGCAGGAGUUUCAGGACCGCGACCAGCUGUUCGCAGGUUUCGAGAACUCGUCGUUGCUCACGUGUAACUGCCGGGCCCCGGGGGGGGGGGGGGGGGGGCGGGCGCGGACCACGCGGGGAGGGUCCCCAGGCCCCGGGAGGCCCCCCGCCGCGCGACCCCCGACGCCCGCCGUCCCGGGAGCCCCUGCCCUUCGCGCCCGCGGGCUCGGCCGCCUGUUCGCCUGUCCGUCUGUCCGCCUGUCCGUCUGUCCGCCUGUCCGUCGCAGGGCCCUGCGGCUUCCACAAAAUCCAGCCGCGCGUGGUGGGCGGAAAGGACUCAGAGCCGGGGUGCUGGCCCUGGCAGGGCAGCCUGCUCCGGGGGAGGCACCAGCACUGCGGGGCGAGCCUGCUCAGCGCCAGGUGCUCACGGCCACGCACUGCUUCCUCAAAAUGUUCUUCAGAACACUCACACACACUUUUGUACCAUGCUUUUCUGGCUUUUCUCCCCAAGUAGCAGCGCCGCCAUCCUCUUCCUCAUCCCACCUUCCCACGGAGGUGUACCAGGAGGUGGAAGGAGGUGGGCACAGUGAUCCCUCAAAAUGGACGGCCCAUAUUGGUGAGCUGUCUUCUAGGCCACAUUACUGGAAACUGUGGACCUUCUACCAUCGUUACAGGGUGAAGGAUAUUAUCAUAUACCCCCAAUUUGAGGGGACUUCACUCAACGACAUCGCCCUGCUGAAGCUGUCCUCUUCUGUCACCUACAAUAAGUAUAUCCAGCCCAUCUGUAUUAUGAUCUCCUCCUCCAAGUUCCAGAACCAGACCAACUGCUGGGUGACUGGCUGGGGGGACAUCCAGGAAAACCAGGCUCUACUGCCUCCUUAGAAUUUCCAGGAAGUGCAGGUCUCUAUCAUAAACAACUCCAGGUGUGACUACCUGUUCCAACAGCCCAGCAUCCUCAGUUACAACCUCAAUGACAUGAUUUGUGCUGGCUCCGAGGAUGGUAGCCGUGAUGCCUGUAGAGCCUGGCUCAUCUGCACUGCUCCCCCGGGUGACUCAGGCGGACCCUUGGCCUGUGAGAAGAGAGGGCUGUGGAUUCAGGUUGGAAUCGUGAGCUGGGGAUCCGGCUGUGGUAGGCCCAACCGGCCUGGCGUCUACACCAACAUCAGUGCGUAUUUCAACUGGAUCAGGAUGCUCAUGGCCCACAGCAGCAUUCAGAGGCCGGCCCCCUGCCUGCAGCUGCUCCUCCCUCUACUCUGGCUUGCCUCCCUCCUCCCCUCCAGCUGCCCCAAGGGGAACACCUGUGGCCCCACUGCCACCAAGCCCUCCGAGGCCAUAAAGCCUUUUACAGAAGAGCAACCUGCCCGCACGGUGUCAGGCCUGGAGACGGAGCGUGCCACAGCCUAA